AUGGAGCCUCCUGAAUAUGCACCCGGUACUUCGGAGAUUGGCUCCCUGACGGCCCACUCGAAUGAAGACAGCCAAUUUGUCGGCAGUUCUAGCGGCGUUUACUUCAUCAACACUGUCAAACGAGCAUUUUCAAAUGGACAUGACGAAUCAGAGUCCAAAGAAGCUGGGUUUCCCACUGCAGAAGACACCCUGGUCGGCGUGGAUGAUUCACCACGGCAUAAACGUCGGCGCACAAAGCCCGCGGAUGAACCAGCCUCGUUUGGAGGCGAACCUUCUACAUCAUGGAAAUAUGAUCAAGGUCUCGCCUCUUCCUUAGGCUCUGCACCACCUCCAGACCAGGCAAAGGAGUUCAUGAUGUCGUACUUCAAAGUGUGGCAUCCUCUGUUUCCAUUUCUCCAUGGUCCUACCUUCCUGCAGGCCAUGGAGAAGUUAUAUUCUGACAAUCCCUCACCAGAACACCCAGUUGAUGACUCCACUUCGCAUCAUAGAACGACCUGCUGGACAGUAAUUCUGCAAAGUGUAUUCAAUCUAGGAAGUCUCUUGCAUCCUGACCUUCAGCUUCCGGCUGGAUCCAAGAUUCAGUCGCCCAGCAGCAUGACACCUCUACUCUCGACGUUGGCAUCGCGACAUGACAUCGUCUCUUUACAAGCAUUGCUUGCCAUCCAAGUCUAUCUCGUCGCGACUAUGUCUCUGCGACUUGCUUCCACAUUCGGAGGUUGUGUCCUGCGCUCGAUGCUCCAUGCAGGGCUGCACCGCUGUCCAUUUCGGUACAGCCAGCUCUCCUCGCAUGACCGACAGCUGAGGAAGCGCAUUUUCUGGUGUGCGUAUGCAAUCGAUCGGUAUCUCAGCCAGGCGCUUGGCUUGCCACUUGGAAUCCAAGACUCCGAUGUCGAUGUGUGUUUGCCGGCAGCUCCUGAAAUGCAUUCUCCGCGUCUGAUCAGGAACCUGAGUAUGUAUUCUGCGAAUGCAGAUCGUCGUGCAGCGGAUUCUGCUCGAUCACCUCUUUUUAUGGAGAGCCCUGCACAAAGUUCGUUGCCAGAUUAUCGGAAGAAAGAGAGCGUCAUAGCUAGCUAUGUUGAUUCUGGCACUCUCACCGGCCGUGCACUUGAAUUGUUUCAUAAAUCUAUCUUGGUCCGAUCUGUACAUCGCAGCUCUGUGCUGUUCUUGGUCACUGAUGUUCAUAAGUGGUGGAAUAGCUUGCCACUCGAGUUACAAGGAAAGGGACCAGCCCAUUCAAAGGAAGUGGAGGCAGCAGAGGGCACUGAUGGGCCCUUUGACUUUGGUCCCUUUUUCACCGUGCUAUAUCAGCACCUGAUCUUGAUUAUUCACCGACCGUCUCUAUCCUUGGAUCCAUCCACUGCAGAGUUCUGCUCCGGCUUACAGACAUGCAUUGGGGCCGCGCGUGGAAUUCUAGCUGCGCUGAAAAUCCAAUUGGAUAGUCGACAAGCUCUAUUCUGGCCUGGCUUCUUAUCUGCCGCCUGGAUGUCGGGUCUGGUCCUCGCGUUUGCUUGCCAGCUGAAGCAGUAUGUUCUUAAGAAAGGUCUUCAUGAAAUCGAUUGUUGUUUGGAGUUUCUUCGUCGCAUGUCUAGUCAGUGGGAAACUGCUAGACAGUGCCACCGUGCUUUGUCUCUGCUUUCUACGAAGAUCAAGCAGAUGGGUGAGACUCAGCAAAAUGCAGCCAACCCUCAUGCGUAUGCUAUGAGAACGCCUGACAGAAAUGCAAGCUCUAUUAAUUCCAUUGAUAAUCGAGAAUUGCAAGGGCUUCAACGAGAGGAAAUAAUCAAUUCCACUGGAGGUCAGGAUACGACGGCUGGACAUGCAAUCCUGAGUCCCGAGCCACGACCCGAAAUCAAUCCAAUGCCUUCCAGAUAUAAUCAACUGGGAGAUGACCCUGUCCUGACCGGGGAUUUGGGCUUCCAGAGUGAAAAUGCUGGAUACUUGGCUGGGGGAUCCAGCUUUGACUUGAACAUGGUUGACUUACUAGACGGAGCGGAUUUCGAGUCCCUAUUUGAUCUAAUCGGUCAACAAUAUCCUAGUUUUUAA